AUGCCUGGCUGGGCCACAGCGCUGUGCAACGACCUCACUCGGCCGCUGCAGCGCACUGCAGAACCCCUCGCGCCCGAGACCCCGAUCUAUCGGAAUCGCCAGCACCUGCAUCGCCGUCGGCCCCUCUACGGCAUGGGCGCGCCGCCAACACAGAUCCCCGCCGCGGCCUCGCAGAAGCACGGGCCGCGCGACGCCCCGCCGCGCCCUCGGCCCGCCCGAGGGGGCGAGGAGAGGCGCGGGCGCAGAGCGGAGGGGCGCAGGCUCGCCGGAGAGCAGCCUGCAGGGCGCAUGGGGGGGAGGGGGGGGGGCGGGGAGGGGGAAGGAGGGUGCAUGCGAGAGGAUGGGGCGAGGAGCGGCGCCUCGCAAAAAAAACGCCAGGGCCCAGCGCAUCUUUUAAGCAGCAGCCUGGACUUGCCAUCCGCGGCCGAGCGUAAAACUGAGCUGCAUUGA